CGUCGAUGUCCGGGGACUUCAACGAAUAUGACGCACAUACCAUGCGGAGAAGGUGGGGAAGUUGUUGUCAUGCGACGACCGUCCCACAAUGUGGGGAGGGUAGCCGGAAACAUCCGUAUUCUUGUGUUCCUUGCGCGAAGGUUCCCUCGGCUUGGCCACGUUCCAAUCGUGACGCAGAAGUGCAUAUAAAAGUAUCUUACUUCUGCCUUGUUUACCCUCCUCGCUUUAUUGCAUAUUCCGAACACAAAAUGUCGUCCGCACCAGCUACCUCACGUGACUUUGGGUUGAUCAUCGACAACCUUGACCUCCCCAGACGGGAAACAUUUCCUGUUCUGAAUCCCGUCACUGGAGCGGAAUUACACUCAGCACCUGCAGCGACUGAGGAGCAAGCUAUUCAGGCUGUCGAAAGCGCUGAGCGAGCCUUCGAGAAAUGGCGCGAAACAACUCCCAUUCAACGCCGCGAGAUCUUGAACAAAGCAGUGGAUAUUCUUCAACAGCGAAAGGAUGAGCUAGUGCGAGCUAUGGUACUAGAAACAGGAGCAAAGCCUACCUGGGCUGCAUUCAAUAUCAAACUUGGUACGGAGUUUGUGAUGGAGGCCGCGGGGAUGGUCACACAAAUAAAGGGUGAAAUGUUGCCGAGCAACGACAAAGGCACUAUGUGUCUUGUGUACAAGGAACCUUGCGGUGUGGUUUUGGGUAUCGCUCCAUGGAACGCACCCAUCAUUCUGGGCAUUCGCGCUUUCAUUACGCCCCUUAUUUGUGGCAAUACCUGUAUUCUCAAAGCCUCUGAAUCGAGUGCCUACACUCAAUACCUCAUCGUGGACUGUUUUCGUCAGGCAGGCCUUCCAGCUGGAGUUUUGAACUUCAUUUGUUGCCCUCGAGAAAGGGCCGGUCUGGUGACGGAGACAAUGGUCGCACAUCACGCUAUAGCGAGGGUCAACUUCACGGGUAGCACCGCGGUUGGUAGAAAAAUUGGGCAAAUUUGUGCUACGUAUUUGAAGCCAGCCGUUUUGGAGCUGGGUGGCAAAGCUCCAAUGAUCAUCCUGGAAGAUGCGAACUUGGAAGAAGCUGUCAAAGCAGCUGCGUUCGGUGCCAUGCAGCACCAGGGCCAGGUUUGCAUGUCCACUGAGCGAAUCAUUAUCCAUCGCUCCAUUGCAAACAAGUUCAAGGAGUUGUUCAAAGCCAAGGUCGAUUCUCUUUACGCGAGUGACCCUUUGUCGGAUUCAUCUGCUCCGCUUGGCAGUCUUAUUAAUGCCGCCGCUGCUACUCGCAUUCACAAUCUGCUCCAGAAUGCAGUCCAACAUGGUGCCAUCGUAUCCGCCGGACGGGUCUCAGUUUCUGGAGCAAUUGUACAGCCCGUUGCUCUUUCAGGCAUAACAAAGG